UUUGUUGUACUAUAUUUAUCUGCUAUGGCUUAUAUAAAGUACGAUUCAGGACUAAAUACUGAUUUUAAUCCUAGUACGGCUGGCUUUUUGUGCUAAAACUCUUAUUCAUUGGAGUAGACAACAUCCUUUAAUGGUUAAUUUUAAAACAUUCCUCAAGUCUUUAUACAACUUAAUUGGGUUGAUAUUGCCAAAGGGAAUACUGAAUAUCGAUUAUCAAUAACAUCUAUCACUUUAACAAGUAAUUAUAUACUAUAAUUCAGAUUUUAUGGUGAAAAUAUUUUGUCCAUCAUCAACAAGAACACAUACACUGAAAUUUUAAUGGUAUGCGAUUGAUGAUUAGCGAGUUCAAGUAAUAAACGCUUUUAAUAUUGAUAAUCCAACAAUUUCAAAAAAUUAUUAGCACUUGAAUGCGAAUGCUGAAUAAGGAAUGUUAUUUCCUAUAAGUUUAUCUUAUGUUGGUCCCCUUGAUUUUGUUAUUUAAGUAUCAUUUGGCCUAUAUUAAUCCUUAGAUAUCGAGCAUAACCAAAACUGAUGUUACAAUAGAGAUUUCAAAUCCUUCAGGAAAAUUUGUAAAUCUUAAACAAAUUGGUUAUUAAAUUGUCUUAGGAACCAGCGAAAUCUUUACUACCUUGGGACUCUAAACUGUAACAGGUACCUCUUACACUAGUGAAAAUUAUAAUUUAUUGACCAAUAAAUGGUUCUUGACUCCCAUUAUUGGAGUAAAUUAUCCUGAUGACUACUAUUUAUAAUUUAGAUGGACUUAUACUUAUACAGCCUCAACGGUUUCUUGUAAAAUUGAUUCAUGUAAAAUUAUACACUAAAUUAGGGGACAGACUUGUGAAACAUACACAUUAAAAAGUAUGGAUGUCCUACGUAAUCAAUACAUAGUAUUUACCUCUUUAUUGUGUGACUAUAAGAAUUUCCUAAAAAAUUGACCUAGAAGCCAUCAACAGAUCUACAAUUUAUUCUGAAAUACCAUAAAUUAAUGGCGUUUUCAAUUAAAUUGGAACAUUCACUACUAUUAUUGACAAAUCAAUUUCACCAUUAACAAUAAAUGUCAUAGUAAAAUGUUCCUAAGGAAAAAAAAUUACUAGCAAGUUUAAUAAAUGCAACAAUUGCUCACCGUAAAUGUUCUAUACAUUUACUCAUAAUUGCCAUAAUUAAAUUAAUUAAAUCUCUUAUUUUCCCAGAUAUAUUUCUUCAAUUUCAGCUCAUUAAGAAUUAGAAAUAAUUAUAAGUGCUUCAAGAAUUUAACUCAAUCAAAUAACCUAUAAUUAGAUCAAGGCAGUUAUAAAUAUUUUAGAUAUUGAAUUGGGCAAUAUUUGA